GCGUGGCCUUUGAUUUCUCCUCUCGCUCGCGGCAACAUGUCCGACGCCAUGGAGGGACUGCAGAAGGACUUCCUGGAGUGGAAGAAGAGCCACCCGAGUACCGCGGUAGAGCUCCUCAGUGCAGAGGAGGCGCUCGUUCUGCAGGUGGACUCAUUCGCCACAGUGCUGCUGAUGCGUGUGGAGAGCUCCUUCUUCCUGGAAGCCCAGGAUGCGGACGAGGAGGUGGAGGAGUGGGCCACCGAGCUGAACAGCCUCUUCGCCGAGAAGCCCAAGUUCACCUUGGCGGAUGCUUUGCAAGCACUGGUCACGCAGCUGCCCCGGGGCGAAGAUGAGGAGAUGCUGAGCCAGGCCAUAGAGCCGGAGACGAAGCGCCGAGCCUGCAACGACGAAGUGGAGGAGUCAAAGCGCCUGCAGUCGCUGUCAGCACAGGGAUCCCGGCAGGCUUCGCAGGUGCUGAUGCGGGAGAUGCGGGCGUUGCAUGCGUUGCAGGGUGACGGCGGAGCUUGCGAUCGCGCGCUGGAGGUCGAGAUGGUGCAGGAUUCGCUGUACCACUGGACGGUGAAGAUGCAUGCUGCCGGCUUUCCGGACUGCAGCCUCCGGCAGGAGUUGGGGAAGUAUGCAGCGCAGCACCCGACUGGCCAAGCUGCCGUGGUGCUGGAAGUGCUUUUUCCAGACAGCUUUCCCAUGGAACCGCCCUUCAUUCGGAUAGUCCGGCCACGGUUCCAAAUGCACACAGGACACAUCACGGUGGGCGGCAGCAUUUGCAUGCAGCUGCUGACCACUUCUGGCUGGCUGCCCACCGUGUCACUGGAGAAUGUCUUUGUGGCCAUUCGAAGUGAGAUGGUGGAAGGUGGAGGGCGACUUGACUUCAGCUCGUGUCGCGACUACAGCGUGCAAGAGGCAAGAGAAGCUUUUCAGCGCGUGGCUCGACGCUAUGGCUGGAACUGAGCAGAA